CCCAGCCGCCAUUGCGCAUGCCCAACACUGCCGCGGCGGGGCGCGGGCCCGGGGCAGCCGCCGGCCGGAUGGCGGAGGAUGGAGGCCGGGGAGCUGCAGACAGCCCGGAGGCGGCACGCCGCUUCGUGCGCUGUCUGUACGCCGUGGGCUUCCUGGAUUUAUUUGGUGUGAGUAUGGUUGUUCCUUUAAUGAAUCUUCACAUCAAAUCUCUAGGAGCAAGUCCUACAGUUGCUGGAAUAAUAGGAUCUCUCUAUGGUAUAAUGCAACUAUUUUCCAGCACAUUUGUGGGCUGCUGGAGUGAUAUAGUAGGAAGACGGUACUCCCUGCUUGCUUGUAUUCUUCUCAGUGCACUGGGUUACUUCCUUCUUGGAACAUCCACCACUGUGUUCCUGUUUGCCCUUUCUAGGGUCCCUGUAGGUAUUUUCAAACACACGCUUUCCAUCUCUAAAGCCCUGCUUUCUGACUUGGUUUCUGAGAGAGACCGCCCUUUAGUAAUGGGACGUUUCAAUGCAGCCUCUGGUGUGGGCUUCAUACUGGGGCCUGUUGUUGGUGGCUACCUUACAGAGUUGGAAGAUGGCUUUUAUCAGACAUCUUUCAUCUGUGCCUCUAUCUUCCUUCUGAAUGCUGGUCUCGUCUGGAUGCUACCCUGGCAUGAAGAAAACGUCAAUAAGAAAUGCAAACAAGGCAAGAAAAGGACAGACAAUUCCUCAGCAAAAAGAGAUUGUGGCUUGCACUUUAAACCAGUAACUAAUGGAGCUAUAGCAAAUGAUAGUCCUUUCCAGUCUCCAUGGGUCCAAAUUGCAACGGUGCUGAAGAGGAUUAAAGGAAUCGCGUCCUCUGAUUUGUGGGAUAUAUUUUUAAUACGAUUACUGAUGUCUGUUGCUAUACUGCUAUACUAUAGUAACUUUACUCUGGCUUUGGAUGAGAGAUUUGGGGUGAAACCCUUGUUCUCUGGAUACCUAAUGAGCUAUAGCAGUACACUUGGAGUUCUGGCUGGUUGUCUUCUUGGACCAAUAACAAGACUGUAUCAGCACAACACUUACAGACUUCUGUUGCACUCUAGCACUUUCACCUGCGUGUUGAUUCUUCUGUAUGCAUCGGCACUUAGCAUGUGGAUGGUCAUUUUGUCUUCCACAUUCUUAGCCUUUUCAACUACUAUAGGUCGUACUUGCAUCAUUGACCUCGAACUGACCAUCGGUGGGAAUGAGGCCAGCGGUACGCUCCUCGGUGUUGGACAGUCUGUGACAUCAGUGGGACGUAUAAUUGCCCCACUCCUUUCUGGAAUUGCUCAGGAGUUCAGUCCCUGUGGCCCGCCAAGUCUGGGGGUUGGUUUAGCUUUAAUAGCUAUUCUGAUAAUGAACGCUAACAAGCAAAAAUAUUGUAGUAGUGGAAAUAUUAAGUUAAAAAAUCAAUAGCUGCAAAUUUGGAUUGCGUGGAUGCGUUUUACAGAAGAGCCACAGCGAAUCAACCUGGGUUGACACAUACACCUGCCAGACCUGUACAGUAGUAACAGGACCAUUUGAGAGGGCAAAUUUUGUUCACGCAGAGACAAGUGUAUAUAUACACACAAAUAAAUAAAUGCUGCAGGACAGUUGUCUUUCUGAACUGGGAUCACUAGAAUUCUUAUGAGAGGGACAGAUGUUAAUGAACAGUAUUGACUGGGAUUUUUUACGAACUUUUAACCUUCUUGGAGGGAAUAGAAGAAUGACUUGAAGUACACAAAUCCUCUUUGUAGCUGAUAUUUGAAACAGCGUUUAGACUGAUAUCUUGUAAAAGGUGCAGACAGAAGUUAAUUUGUUUCAUUUAAUAAGAGGUGAGCUUUUAUUAUUUAAUCAGGAGAAUUUGGAACGUAACUUACUACGAAUAAUUUCUUAUGCUGUGGUCUGUUGCCAUUUUCUGCUGUGACAAUAGCUAAUUAACAAGGUGUUUGCUUAUAUGAUUUUGUUAAGCGUACAUUGUCUUUAAAACAUGCUAGCCAUCUGGCCCUGAUUACCAGUCUUUCCCAGGCAACAGAAUUGGAUCUAUGCUAAUUUUGUGUAUUAGCAAGCUUAUAAUGGACAAUUUUGGAAUAACAUGGAGUCAUUCAGACUGAAACUGAGACUGAACCUAAGCUUUAUUUGAAACUUGAAACUGGUAGUUUGUGUUUAGUGAUAACUUCUACUGAGCAACUUUGUCAUAAAUUAUUUUUUAAUACUUCCUGUGCAGUUUUUCUGCCUUCGUUUUAAGAAUAAAUUUGCUUCUCAAGUCUUCUGA